AUGGGCGAAGAGGUGCGCACUCCUCAUGAAAAACGAAAUACCCAUGGCGACAUCUGGAUUAAAGGCGAGCGGAUCGACCCGGACGCUCGUCUUUUCCUUCGAAUCGGUUUAAAGCAGUCAAACCUUGAAGACACGGACAGUUUCGUCUACAACGUCUCGCACCCGUCUUCUCCUUCAUAUGGUAAACAUUACUCCAAACAAGAUAUCGUCAAGCUGUUCGCGCCGUCCAAUGAUACGACCGAGACGGUCCGCUCGUGGAUUUCAAGACAUGGCGGUUCUUCAACACCAUUGCGAGACAGAGGAUGGCUACGCGCCAAUAUGUCGGCUGUAGAAGCGGAGAGCAUGCUCAACUCCAGUUAUCACAAGUACCACCAUACCCUCCAUGACUACUCCACAUUAGCAUGCGAGAAAUACUAUCUUCCUGAAAUUGUUCGGCCACAUAUCGAAUUUAUCACCCCUGGCGUAAUGCUUCUAGCGCCUAAGCAGCCUCGCAUCAGCAGCAAAGUCAAGAGACAGGCACCACCAAUUUUUCAACCUGAAUCCCCGAGCCCGCCUUCGACAGGCACGUCAAAGUGUGGUGAUGCUGUCACUCCCGAUUGCAUACGAAAACUCUAUAAUAUCCCAAGCAACACAUUGAACCAUUCGUCUAAUUGUCUGGGGAUCUUCGAGGCAGGUGACUACUAUGCCCAGGAGGAUUUAGAUAUGUUCUUCGGCAAAUUUACGCCUCAUAUCCCAAAGGGGACUCACCCUCACCUCGUUUCAAUCGAUGGCGGCUCUGCCCCGGUCAAACCAGCUGAAGCCGAUGGAGAAUCUGAUCUCGAUCUACAAGUCGCUUACCCGCUUAUAUAUCCUCAGUCCAUCACGUUAUACCAAACUGACGACAAGGUGUAUACUGUGAACGGCGCUGGAGGGCUGUUUAACAACUUCCUCAACGCCAUUGAUGGAUCAUACUGCUUAUACGAGGCCUUUGGAGAGAAGGGUAAUGAUCCUGCUUUCGAUGAUGUAUAUCCUGAUACACAACCUGGUGGUUACACGGGCAAGACGCAAUGCGGCAUCUCGAAACCAACGAACGUGAUUUCCAUCUCUUACAGUAGGUCGGAGUCGGACUUACCUUUCUACUACCAGCAACUGCAGUGCAACGAGUUCAUGAAACCUGCACUCCAGGGGCAUACUGUUCUAGUUGCUUCUGGUGAUGCCGGUGUGGCGUCGCGCUCCUGGGAUCCAGAGCCGAACGGAUGUCUCGGCCCGAACAACACGGUCUUCAAUCCUAACUUUCCCGGAAACUGUCCAUACGUGACAGUUGUUGGUGGGACUAGAUUACCUGCUGGCUCUUCGGCCCUCGAUGCAGAAGUUGCUGCUUAUCUCCCGCAUCAAGACGGGUCAGACAGCACAUACACUAGUGGUGGAGGUUUCAGUAGCAUCUAUUCGAUCCCAAGCUAUCAGAAAGCAGCACUCGAUGCUUAUUACAAGCAUCAUGAUCCAGGAUACAAAUACUUUAGUGCUUUGCAUAAUGUGACACACAAUGAUACAGUCCCCAUUGGUGCAAAUGGCGGCAUCUACAAUCGCAUAGGGAGAGGCAUGCCAGAGUAA